UGAAGAAACGCGUGUCCCUCUAAAUCCUUUCCCUCUAAAUCCUUUGUUAUAGUGCUUGAGGUUUCAAAUCUAAGACGUUCCCAGAAACCCCAAAGAAACGCGCGGUUUCGUUUCGUCACCACGUUUUCCUUUCUCUAUUUCCCUGCUAAAAGUUCCUUGGGUUGGAAGGAUGUCAUCAGAAUCAGAUAAAUGGGGGUGGAAGCAUGUUAGUGUGUUUGGUGGGUUUGAUAAGGGAAGCGGUACAAAAAGAUGGAAAUGUAAUCAUUGCAAUGUAAGAUACAACGGAUCUUAUUCUCGUGUCAGAGCCCAUCUUCUUGGUUUUUCUGGUGUUGGAGUCAAAAGCUGUCCAGCUAUAGAUAGGUCUUUAAAAGAAUCAUUUCAAAUCUUAGAAGAAGAGAGGAUGGCUCGGAAAAAGAAACCAGAUACUGGCACUGUAAAGAAUGGCAAGCGUGUUUGGACUUCUCGAUCUAGUCUCACUCGUAUCUCCAAAGAAGAUGUAGACGAAAUGCUAGCAAGAUUCUUCUUUGCUGAUGGAUUGAAUGCUAACAUCAUUAACUCACCUUACUUUCAGGAGAUGAUAAAAGCAGUUGCAGCUUUUGGCCCAGGCUAUGAACCCCUGUCAAUACAUGAUUUGUGUGGCUCCUUUUUGAGCAAAGAGAAAGAAAGGAUUGAUAAAUACAUGACUCUUGUGAAAGAAUCAUGGCCACAUACUGGAUGCACAUUACUUUGUAUAGGGCGCUUACAUGGUAUUCUGGGUACUUUUCAGGUUAAUAUAUUUGUGUCAAGUCCUAGAGGACUAUCAUUCUUGAAAGCUGCAAUUGUGGACAAUAUUGAUGGACCAAGCAAUUCUCUUCUUAGUAUCCUUGGAAACACAGUCAUGGAAGUUGGGCCUACUAACGUGGUUCAGAUAGUUUCACGUCUAGGCCAUGCCAGUGCAUAUUCAGAAUCCUAUACAUUGCCAGAGUUUCCUCAUAUAUUCUUGUCUCCUUGCUCUUCUCAUUCUAUUCACAUUUUAAUGGAAGAUAUAGCCAAGUUGGAUUGGAUAAGACCUGUUGUUUUGUGUGCUAAAGAAAUUGAGAAAUGUAUAACCACAUUUCAGAAUUUCUUUCCCCGUGUCUUCACUCAAAAUGUGAAAGGGACUUCCGACUCAUUCUUUGCCAGAAUUGCUCCUUCCUGUUACAUAGUCCAAAAGAUACAUGAACUGAAGCUAGCAUUUCAGGAAGUUGUUGUGAGGGAAGAGUGGAAGCGGUGGAAGCUGAGUAUUGCUCAGGAUGUUGGAAGUGUUGAGGCAGCCAUAUUAGGGGAAGAUUUCUGGAGCAGGGCUCUUGUGUUGUUGAAAAUAUGUGAACCUUUCAUCAAAUUGCUUGUUGUGCUUAAUAUUGAUACGGACAGAUGUGUGAUGGGGGAUGUCCAUGAUUGGCGUGUUCAAGCUAUUGACAUGGUGAAGAGUACAGGAAUAGAUGUUUGCCUAUUGAAUCAACUAGAAAGGUUGAUAGAAAACAGGUGGGAAGUGCUGUUUUCUCCUCUUCAUUCUGCAGGUUAUAUACUGAAUCCCAAAUACUUUGGCAGAGGCCAAUCUAAGGAUAAAAUCAUAAUGAAGGGUUGGAAAACCACUUUAGAGAGAUAUGAGUGUGAAAGUGCAGUAAGAAGAGUUCUGAGGGAGCAGCUUAGUUCUUACUGGAGGCUUGAAGGAUCCUUGGGAGAGGAAGAUGCUGUGGAUUGUAGAGAUAAAAUGGACCCAGUUGCAUGGUGGGAGAAUUUUGGUUUUGAGAUACCCCACUUGCAAACCUUAGCCAUAAAAGUUCUGAGUCAAGUUUCAAGUGUUGCAAUGUGUGAAGAGAUAUGGCAACAUAAUGGUAAUCCAUGCGAAGACACAAGUUCUGGAUUGGGGUUAGGAAAAUGGGAAGACCUUGUUUAUGUCCAAAAGAAUCUUAGAAUUCAAGGUCAUAAAAGGGAUUUUCAGGCUCAUCAGCAGCUUAGGGACAUGGUGCUGAGCUCCCCUGCAGAAUUGAAGACAAAAACUGUUCUUUGUAGUUCUGACAGAUAAUGGUAAAUUAUAUUGGAAUAAGACUUGUUUAGUGUUUUAUAGGGUUUUUUUGUAUGCACAAAAAUUCAUUGUAAAUUUUAUUUGUUUUGAUUCAGAAAAUGUAUAUAUGCGCG